AUGUCACAAUACCAGUUUCGCAUGCUCUUCGAAUACCCUCAUCUGGGUCAGAACGUGGUAUCCGAAUCGCCCCCAACCUUCAAUGCUGCCACUGAGCUUGACGAAGGCCCUAUUCUAGGCCUGGACCCAGAAGCUUUCCCUUAUGGCAGCACUUCGGAUACUGAUAUGGAUGAUGAAUGGGCACGCAAGAGCCCUGGCAUCCACACGCUCUGCGCUUCCUCACUCAACUACCCCAAAAUGAUACUGAAUGGUCCCGGUAUCUAUCCUGCAACGAAGACGUUCGAUCCUUAUGCCAUCGUCUCAAAAUACCUUCCUUAUAUCCAGGGUUUCAGGCACAUCUUGACUGGUCACGUCUCUUCGAUCAGUGUACCUGGCAUCUUGCGGAUGCCUGUCACGAUCCUCCUCUCGCCUCUCUGUUCUCCCUUGUCUUUGUGGCAACAUGCCAUGUUGCACUUUCUGAUGGCUGUCCACAUGAGACCGUCUUCAGUGGGCUAA